ACCAAUAGGCAAAAUGCACUAAAAAACGCGCAGCGCGUAAAAAUUGUUUGCAUUUGGUGGCGUCGAUUUCCUCUUUUCAUGUUUUAAGUGCAAUUUUUGCUAAUAAAAAGUGUUUUAAUUGGCAAUUGCGUGUAAUUUAAGCACCCAACAAAAUGGAUCGACGCAAAAAGCGAACCUCCUCGGAGCAAUAUCAAAUGUAUAUCGAGCUGAUGGAGAGCGACCCAAUUUUUGCAAGCGGACGCGUGCCGCGCGAUUAUGAUCUGAAUUAUCUGACCAAAAAAUGGAAGGAGCUCUCCGACAGGCUGAACAAAUGCGGUUCGGGACCCACGCUAACUGCGGAAGAGUGGCGCAAGCGCUUAAACGAUUGGAAGAAUACGACACGCUGCAAAUACAGACGCAGUCUCAUGUCCAGCGAGAAGGACAUCUCCAUGUCUUCGCUGGAGACGCGAGCUCUCAAUCUGUUUGGCAAGGUUCCCGGCGCAGGAGAAACACUAAUGACUCUGAAGUCUGAGAAGGAUGACCAUGAAGAUGACAUGGAGGAACUUGGACAGCGAACGUCGGCAUCGUUCCAAAAAGAACUGCAAGCGGCCGUGGAGGAGGCAAUCAACGACGAGGUCGACGACGACGAAAUGGUUGAGGAGCAUGUGGAUCAAGAGGAUCUAACCGAUGAGAAUAUGCACGAGCCGGGCGGUGGCAUCGAUGGGCCCAGCGGCGUUGGCGGCACAACGGCAGUGAACACAAGUGGCGGCGGCUAUCGCACCAUUGUGGUGGACAAUUCCACAUACGUGGACGACGAUCAGGAGCAGCAGGAGGCGCCCGUCGAGCCGGUCAAGUUCGUGUGCACACCCAACAUUCAUGCGGUUGGAUCGGGCGGUGUUGGAGGCGGCGGCACUAAGCUGAUCAAUGGCGAGCUGCCCGUGAAGAGAAUACGGCGGGAUCAAGUGAUCUAUGAAGUUAAAAAUGCGCCGCGGUCUUAUACCACCAUCCAAACAGGUGGCCCGCUGCCCACGCUGCACAACACAAAGAUGCACCACGAGCCGCAGGGCACAAGUUUGAGUGCGGCGUUGAGUAGCCUGGAUACCCAGGAGAUUGCGCAUCAGCUGAAGCGGCUGGCGGACAUCAACUAUGAGACGCUGCAGUUUGAGAUAGCGCGAUUUAAAUUUAACAAUCCUGGUUUCCACUAUGAGCCGCCGCCAUUAUAGUC